UUUUUGUUUCUCUUCUAUUGAUUUAAUACCGUAAUCAGUAUCUUUCUUUACAUUAAUAACUACAUCACCAUUAUUUUUUUAUUAUAUAUUAAUGUCUACCAUUGAGUUUUACACAAUAAUAUAUUCCUGCCAUCUUUGUAACGAUGGUAAAUUUUCUAAUUCUCGUAAUUUAAGGGAUCAUUAUGAAAGUGUUGAAGGGAUAAAGUAUCCAAGUACAAGAAGUAGGGUAUAUAACACAAAAACCAAAAAAUAUAUUUCUGACUCUGUCGCCAAGUCAAGACAAAAUGUAACAGAAAACUUUGGUUGUCCAAGCUGUACAUCUCAUUUCGAUACAACGAUUGAACUUGGAAACCAUCUUGAUGAAGUUCAUACUGCAAAACUGAGAGCUGAAGUUGAGGAAUGUUUUAGAGACUUGAAAAAUAAUGACAAAUGGAUUCUUUCUACUGGAAAAAUAGUGGAGGACAGUUUGUAUGCUUUUGGAAAGUUACAAGUUGGUGAUCAUUCUUCUCAAUCACUAAUUUUUGAUGUUGGAGAUUCUGAAUCAUAUAUUAAAAAUGGCUUAUUUACAGAAGAAGAAAUUGAGGAAAUCAAAGCAUAUAAUAGCCCCAAACCCAAAAAGUUGCCUAACGUUAUUAAACAGUAUUUGAAUAAAUUCAACUGCCAAUCAGCUGCUGAUAUCAGAAAAGUACUUAAUGAAAAACAAAGCUGGGAGGAAUGUUAUGAUCGUGAAAAACACUUCGAUUUAGAUUGGAUAAAGCAUUCUGUAUACACACUAGUAAGAGAAUAUGAAAACGGCAGCUUGAAGAAGGACCACUUGGAGAAUUGGUAUAACAUUCAUAUUUGGUGCAUGAUAGACCAUAUAUUUGGUGACUUAGAAGGACUUGAGAUAGUCAGAGGGGAGGGAGUUUCCAUAGCAUCCUCGAUUAGAAAAGGUCUUAAAAGAACUAUUGAAGAUGUUAAUAACCAUGCUCGUAAACCAAUGGGUCAUAGGUUUGAUUUCUUAAUCCGUGAAGCAAGUCCAAAAAGUACCAAUAGCUUUGAAUAUGGCGCUUCAGAAGUCGAUAAAAAUUACAAUUUAAAAGGAAACAAGACAAUUCAAGAAAGAGGCAUGAAACUUCCAAAAGUUUUAAAAGAUAUGUUAGAUUUACUUGUUAUAGAAAACAAAGGUGAAUACAACAAUUUAUGUACUGUAGGUGUAGUACAUUCAGGGUUGCAUAUGAAAGUGAUUAUAGCUGAUAGGCCUAAAGGUUAUAUUACAAGAAUCACUGAUGGUAAAGCCCUUCAAAUACCUACCGACAUUAUUAACUUUGGUGAGAAAGUGUUACCAGUACUUGUACAAGUCUAUUGUUUAAAAGUAAUGGUCAAGGAUGUGUUUGAGUCUGUGAGAAAGGGCAGUAAAAAGCUUACUGAUGAUAGCAGCUGGCUAGAUCAUUGUCUUGAAAAAUCGCCAAUUAAUAUAAUUCCUAUCACAUCUACAUCAACUGAAAAGCCACGUAAAUAACUUCUGUGAGAAAUAUUUAAAAGCAUAAUUACGAACAUUAACCUAUUUCAAACAAGUAUAAAG